AUGCCGGAACCGCGAGCGCCGCCCACACUGCCAAAGAGCUACAAUGACCUCCCCUUCACGCAAAUCAAGACUCAGCACUACGAGAAAGAUCCCUCGAUUAUUAUACUUACGCUGUGGCGGCCGAAGAAUUAUAAUGCGUUUACGAAUACUAUGAUGCUCGAGCUUGAACAAGCCUACAGCAUGUUCGACGUCGAUGAUAGGGUGAAGUGUAUAGUGUUCACAGCAGCGGGCAAGAUCUUUUGUGCAGGUGCGGAUCUAGACGUAGGAUUCGUCGGCGGCUAUGAACCCAUCAAUGAACACAGAGAUGGAGGCGGCCGAGUCGUCCUAGCAAUUCACAACUGUCGUAAGCCGACCAUUGGCGCGCUCCAAGGCUCCGCCGUCGGCGUCGGCAUCACCAUGACGCUUCCCAUGAACAUUCGUCUCACCCACAAAGCCUCCAAAAUCGGGUUCGUCUUCGCGCGCCGUGGCCUUGUCAUGGAGGCAUGUUCCUCUUUCUUCCUGCCUCGGCUCAUCGGGCACAGUCGCGCCAUGCAGGCCAUCACCACCGGAUCCACGUAUACCGCGAGCGAUAAGGUCUGGGACGGCUUGUUCGCCGAGGUGCUGGAGCGGUCGGACGACGUGCUACCCAGGGCGCUAAACAUCGCGCAGGAGGUUGUUAAGAAUACGAGUGUGGUGUCGACUUACCUCAUGAAAGAGAUGAUGUACCGCGACAAAGGGUCGCCCGAGGGACAGCAUUUGCUGGAUUCAAGGAUACUGUAUGAGUUGUUUACAUCGGCAGAUAAUAAGGAAGGCGUGCAAUCAUUCAUGCAGAAGCGGCCUGCUCAGUUCACAGGCACAAUGGACAACACGACUGUGUCGGCGUACCCGUGGUGGCAGCCUAUUGAUGUAGUCAGGCGGCCGAAAAUAGGAGCGGAUACGAAGCCCAAGCUUUGA